UCAGACUUCACCCCAAUCCAGUUGCCAAAUCUCCGGUUUGUACCGGGGUCCCUUUUCUCUCGUCUCUCAUUUUAUAAGAGAUUCAACUUUCUUUGUCCUUUCCUCACUGCGAUUCAUCCCUUUGGGUCUCCUUCCGCGUCGGUGAUCUCUCCGUGGGCGCCUUACUGCGCCUGAAUCAAAAUGGGCUCCAAUCUCGUCGAUACCGAAGCCUUUAUGGGCAGUGAGGAUGAAAAUGAAGAGCGUUAUGAUGAAUACGAUGGUAACGGUGAGGUAAAGGAAGGUGCUGGGACCGUGGGACCCUACGUUGAUUCCAGCGAAGAGGACGAGGAGGACGAGGAUGACGAAGAGGCUGCUCGCGCUGUUCGCGAAGGUUUCAUUGUCGAUGAAGACGAAGAAAUUGAAGAGCGCGCCGAGCGCAGGCGGGAAAAGAGGAAACGACGACAGGAAGAACGCGAGAGAGAGGAUGAACACCUUGAUGAAGAGGAUUUGGAACUUAUUGGAGAGCUCAAUCCAGAUUUACAACCUGCGGCCUCGUCUAAAUUUAAACGCCUGAAACGAGGCCAUAAGGAGCGAGAACACGCACGGCCUUCUCGUGGCAUCGACGACAUGUUUAGCUCGGAUGAGGAAGAAGAGCCUGCCGGCUACCACAGACCCCAGAGACAUAUGCACGAUGAGAUGGACGAUUUCAUCGAAGAAGAUGUCUUCUCCGACGAGGAACUACAGCGGGAGAGGGAGGAUCUGGAGAUUGCUCGUCCAGUGAAGAAAGGCGUGAGUGGUCUGAGUGCCGCUGAUAUGGCCGGACUUGAUGAGAAUGCUCUCGAGGACAUGCGGGCCGCAUUUGGAGACGGAAACGAAUAUCUUUUCGCUCUGGAGAUGGAGGAACAAGAAGAUGAGCAUGAAGUUGAUGAGGAGAAACAUCUUGAUUUGAAGGAUGUUUUUGAGCCUUCUCAGCUGGCGGAGAAGAUGCUGACGGAGGCAGACAACGAAAUCCGUCUUUUGGAUGAACCAGAGCGACACCAGGUGGCCCGAAAGCCAUACCGCCAUAUCGUCCUAACCGAAGAGCAGUUCAGAGAAGAGGCCGGCUGGAUAGCUAACCUUAUGCUCCUUAAAAAACGGGUCGAGUCCGAUUUGCAGGAGCCAUUCCAGCGCUCUGUUGCCAAAGUUCUUGAAUUCCUAGUAACGGAUGACUUCGAGGUUCCCUUCAUUUUCCAGCACCGCAAGGACUACAUGAUCCAUGCCGUCAAGGUACCAGUUGAGCCUGGUGCAGAAAAACCGGAUGGCCCGCAGUAUACCAUUAAAGCCGAAAAGCUUUUGAACAUGACAGACCUGUGGGAUAUUUUUGACUACGAUCUCAAGUUCAAAGCCCUGAUCGACAAGCGAAACACCAUUCAGAAAACGUAUGAUAACCUCCAGAGCGUGUUCAACGUGAACGAUCCUACUGUCGAAGAGCUUCUUGCUGCAGCCGUCACCAUGGAGGAACUUCAGGACGUGCAAGAUUACAUACAUUUUCAAUAUUCGGCACAACUUCGUGAUCUGUCUCAAACAAACGGUGAAACGAAUGGCGAGUCUCACCGGCGAAAAGCCUCGAGUAAGACCAAUUUCGACCGUGUCAGGAACAGCAAGGCUUACGAAUUUGUGCGAGCAUUUGGCAUUUCGGCGGAUGCAUUUGCGCAAAAUGCACUGAAGCAAGGCCACCGUCAAUACACUGAAGAUCCAACGGAGACGCCGGACGAGUUAGCAGACAAGUUACUAGACGAGUACUUUACCAGCGGGUUUCAUGUAGUUAGAGCGGCCACGAUGACGUUUGCAGAAGAGAUGUUCAUGAGCCCAAAGCUGCGGAAAGUCGUUCGCCAUGCAUAUUACAUGAACGGUGUUGUUGACUGCUUCCGCACAGAGAAGGGCUUGCGGAGAAUUGAUGAGCAGCAUCCAUACUACGAGUUUAAAUAUCUACGGAAUCAACAACUCAGUGACAUUGCUCGUCGACCAGAGCUAUUCCUACGCAUGUUGAAGGCUGAAGAAGAGGGCCUGGUUGAAGUCAAGGUUCGCUUUGAGAACUUCGAAAACUUCCGACAGCGCCUGUACCAGGACAUUGAGUCUGAUAACCUGAGUGAACUCGCCGACGCGUGGAACAAGGCACGCCGAAAUGUCUUGGGGAUGGCGUUGGCUCGACUGGAACGCCUGAUGAACCGCAGUGUGAAGGAGAACAUCCGCCAAGAAUGUGAGAAUCACGUGGCUAAGGAGUGCCGGGAUGCGUUCUCGCAGAGAUUGGAUCAAGCCCCCUAUAAACCGAAGGGUAUGAUCCUGGGCACUGUUCCCCGAGUUCUGACCCUGUCGACAGGAUCUGGUGUCCUUGGAAAGGAGCCAAUCCACUGGGCUUAUGUUGAAGAGGAUGGUCGCGUGCUUGAGAAUGGAAAGUUCACGGACUUGUCGCUUGGAGACAAAGAUCGCAGCAUCGCUGAUGGCAAGGACGUGGAUGCCUUCGUAGAUGUUGUUGAUCGGCGACGCCCAGAUGUCAUCGGCGUUUCCGGUUUUUCCCCAGAAACCCGCAAGCUGUACAAGCUUUUAACUGAGCUUGUGGAUAGCAAGGACCUUCGGGGUGCCCCAUACACGGACGAUCGCGACGAGGAAGUCAGUGAUCCCCUGGAGGUCGUCAUUGUGAACGAUGAGGUGGCUCGACUUUAUCAAAAUAGCGAACGUGCGAAGAAGGACCACCCCGGCUUUGCUCCUUUGACCCACUAUUGCGUUGCCUUGGCCAAGUACUUGCAGAGCCCCUUGAAGGAAUACGCUUCCCUUGGUCGGGACGUCGUCUCAAUUCAAUUCAAGCCUGGUCAGCAGCUGGUUUCGCAGGAUCUCCUCCUGAAACAACUCGAAGCUGCGCUGGUAGAUAUGGUCAAUUUGGUUGGCGUUGAUAUAAAUGAAGCCGUGAUUGAUCCUGCUACAGCGAAUCUGCUUCCUUACGUCUGCGGUCUUGGCCCUCGGAAAGCAGCACAUCUAGUCAAGAUCGUUAACAUGAAUGGUGGUGUGGUUAACAACCGGGCUGAGCUUCUAGGAGUAAACGCUCAAUACCCAGCCAUGGGCGUAAAGGUAUGGAACAACUGUGCCAGCUUUGUUUAUAUCGACUUCGAAAACGCAGAUCCGGAUGCCGACCCUCUGGACAAUACACGUGUACAUCCUGAAGAUUACGACAUUGCUCGCAAGAUGGCUGCUGAUGCUCUGGAGCUGGACGAAGAAGACAUAAAAGCAGAGACAGAUGAAAAUGGACAGGGUGCCAUCGUUCGGAAGCUUUUCAGGGAAGAAGCGCAGGACCGCGUCAAUGACCUGAUUCUGGAAGAGUAUGCUGAACAGUUGGAGAAGAAUCUGAACCAGCGUAAGCGCGCGACUCUCGAAACGAUACGCGCUGAACUUCAACAGCCAUACGAGGAGCUUCGGAAACAAUUCGUCUACCUCAGCUCCGAUGAUAUCUUUACCAUGCUCACCGGCGAGACGCCGGAGACACUUGCGGAAGGCAUGGUAGUACCCGUGUCUAUUAAGCGCAUCUUGGACGACCAUAUCGAUGCCAAACUGGAUUGCGGAAUCGACGCCUUGGUGCCCGAAAUGGAGAUGACCGACCGAUAUGACAUACCCGUCCGGUCGCUGUACGCCGUGCACCAAACGGUCCCAGCCAAAAUUCUUUUCCUGAACAGGAAAAGCUUCACCUGCAAUGUAUCGCUCCGCGAAGAUCAUGUCAGCAGGCCACAGAGAAAGCCGCGUGACCACAUGCCGGGGGAGUGGGAUGACAGACUUGAACAGCAGGAUCGAGAGGCACUACAGGAGAAGACGCAGAGCGGCGUGCGUGCCAUGCGCGUCAUUAAGCACCCGCUGUUCCGACCCUUUAACUCGACGCAGGCCGUGGAGUUCCUGGGCACACAUAGCCGAGGAGAUGCGGUCAUUCGUCCUUCUUCUAGGGGUCCGGACCAUCUAGCCGUGACGUGGAAAGUGGCCGAUGGCGUCUAUCAGCACAUCGACGUGUUGGAGUUGAAUAAGGAAAAUGAAUUCUCGGUUGGAAGGACGCUGAAGAUCGGGGGUAAAUACACGUAUAGCGAUCUGGACGAUCUGAUUGUCAACCACGUCAAGGCGAUGGCUAAGAAAGUGGAUGAGAUGAUGCUGAGUGACAAGUACCGCGGCAGUAACAAAAGUGAGACGGAGGCCUGGUUGGAGACGUACACGAAGGCGAACCCGAAGAGGUCGGCGUAUGCAUUCUGCAUCGACGCGCAGCACCCAGGAUACUUCCACCUAUGUUUCAAGGCCGGCGAGAAUGCGACUCUGCAGAGCUGGCCUGUCAAGGUGAUCCCACAAGGAUAUGAGCUGCAGCGGAACCCGUACCCAGAUAUGCGGGCAUUAUGCAAUGGGUUCAAGCUGCUCUUCACCAAUAUGAUGGCUGGCAGGCGGAGGUGAUGAUUCAUUUGGCCGUCUUUCUCUUUUUGUUUCGCGCCGUUUACUAUACUAUUCACAUGUUCUUUUUUUUUUUUUUUUUUCUUUUUUUCUUUGCUUUCCUUUGCUUCCAUUCCGUCAUAUACCAGUGCAUCUAAGAAAUGGUUGAAAAUAGAUUUCAGUUCGGACGAUUUCAUAGCUGCUGUGUUGUUAUUCUGUCUCUUCAUUUCCCUGGUGUUUCUCAGCCUGUAUACUAUUCUUUGUCAAAAAAGAACAAGGAUGUUCUCUCCGUGAUACACUUUUUCUGCUCUUAUUCUGUGGCUGUGGAGCAUCCAGCCUGGAAUCGAGGAAACGAGAGUAGAUAGUAAUUAUUAAGGAACCAUGA